AUGAAAUUGCUCAUUUGUGCAGUACUCCUAGUAUCUGUUGCUUUGGCUUCCCACCCAAUCAACAAAGAGAUUGUUGAGGAAAUCAAGCAAGCCACUAAGUUGUGGACUCCUACAGACCCAGAAGAGAACAUCUUCAGGUUCCACCACACUGAAACUCUUGUUUCCAUGCUUGGAACAAAAAUUGAUCACGAGAGAGAUAUGGAAGUAGGAGAAGAUAUGGGAAUCAACGACUACCUUGAAGAAGGAGAGAACUCAGUUCCAUCCAGUUUCGACUCUAGAGAGGCUUGGGGAGACAUCUGCCCAUUCAACAUCAAGGACCAAGGAGCUUGCGGAUCCUGCUGGGCUUUCGGUGCUAUUGAAGCUUUUGAAGAUAGAAUCUGCAUCCAAUCUGAAGGAAAAUUCACUACUGACUUGUCUGAACAACACCUCGUCUCAUGCGACUACGUCGGCAUGGGAUGCUCCGGUGGAUGGCCACUCAGUGCCUUCGGAUAUCUUUCACUAAUGGGAGUCCCAUCUGAAGAAUGUCAACCAUAUUACUCAGGACAGACCGGAUCCGCUUGGGGAUGCAAGAGCAAGUGCCAAGACACCAACGAUUCAAACAAGAGAUACAGAUGCAAGUACCCAUGGAUGAACUUCACCAACAAGGGAAUCAAGGCUGAAAUCAUGAAGAACGGACCAGUUGAGACUACCAUGAUGGUCUAUGAAGAUUUCAUGAGUUACAAGGAAGGAAUCUACCACCAUGUCGCUGGAAAAUUACUCGGAGGACAUGCCAUCAAGCUCGUUGGAUGGGGAGUCGAAGAAGGAGUUAAGUACUGGAUCAUGGCUAACUCUUGGAGUGAAAACUGGGGAGAAAACGGAUACUUCAGAAUUGUUGAAGGUAACUCAAGUGCCGGAAACUCUGGAUUCUCUUGUACUCCAUAUGCUUACUAAGUUGCUAUAAGAAU